AUGCUUGGUGUGUCUGCAAAAGACCAAGUUGAGCCCAACGCCACGCACUACGUACCUCUACUUAAUGACAUUGAAUUAUACGAACUCGCCAUCAACGUUUCGAUUGGCACGCCCGCACAGGAAUUCCUACUCCUAUUCGACACUGGCAGUGCUGAUACUUGGAUCCCGUCCAACAAGUGCUCAGAAACGGAUGGCUGUCUGUCUGGCAGCCAAUUCGAUCCCAGCCAAUCGAGCACGUACCACGAAACGAAGUAUCCCUUGAACAUUACAUACGGCACCGGUAAUGCUUUGGGAGACUAUUUUGUUGACACGAUCAAGAUCGGCGAUUUGGAAUUAGACAAGCAGGUUCUGGCCAUGGUCGAUACGAAUGAAGGUCCCAUUGCACAGCAAAACACGACCGAAAACGGCGGCGACGAGUAUGUUUUGGAUGGUAUUUUCGGCGCCGGUUACCCAGGCGGCACGAUCAUGUACCAGCGCUUCAACCAAUCCUACUAUCCUUUCCCACAAGCAUUGUACUUGGCCAACAAGAUUCCUCAGCCACUGUUUUCGGUCUUUAUCGGCGAGUCUGAAGAAUCAGAAUGGUGUGGUGAAAUCAUGUUUGGCGACAUCAAUGAGGAAAAGAUGGCUGGCGAUGUGGUGUAUACCGAUGUCGUGACUUACAAACACAAAGCAACAGGCUUGCCAGUACACGAGCGAUGGACAGCAUGGAUUCAAGGCUUUCAGUUGAAGAACGUCAACUUCAAAUUUGCCGCUCAGGGCACCCCUUUUGCCAUUGAUACUGGAUCAAAUUUCAUGUAUUUGCCCAAACACCUGGCCCAGCAGCUGGCGAAAACGAUUGCGCCCGAUGUGCAGGUGGUGGACAACCAAUUUUUGGUUGACUGCAAGUACUUGGAUGACGAGAACGAAAUCAAGAUUGUAUUCCCUGAGUCCGGCGGCCAGGGUACAUCCGUGUACAUUGGCUUGCCCAUUUCCCGCCUCGUGGGUCGUCGUGAAGAAGAUGGCCAGUGCAUGCUGUUCUUUGUCCCCUCUGAACAUUACAUCUUGGGCAACAUGCUUUUGCGUAACUAUGUCACCGUGUUCGACUUUGGACAGCACCGAAUUGGAUUUGCUCCAGCAAUCGAAGGCAAGGACACUUCCACCUCUGCUUCGCCUAACGAGGAUGCCAAUAGCAACGGUGGCAAUGCUCAACAGUAG